CCUGUCAGAAAGAGCCGAACGGGGGCGUGGUAACUGUUGGCCCUCGAUGGUCUGUGUUCCAGUUCGGUACUUCCAGGGUUGGUGAAGGUCCGAUUUAUCGCAAGGGUAGUACAAAAAAUGGCUCAGGGACAAAGUGUGGACGAGCUGGUUCGCAGCGUGGGCCUCUACGUCCCGCGGCCGCUCGUUCUGCACGGCUACGUGUUACCCUUCCUGCUGCUCUACAGCGGCUGGUUUUACUGCUGGCUCGCCGUCUUUGACUCAGACCUCGCCUUCGAGAUCGGCUACAUCUGCCUGGCGGUGAUCGGCCUUCUGCAGCUUCUCACAGUUCUUUGCUGCCACUGGUCUGUCCACGUCAAAUGCGCCCUCACCUGCAGAAAGGAAAAGGAUCCUUUUCGAGCAACUGUGGCCAAAGUAGUGCCAACUGAGAACAAUGGAUCAUCAGAACUUAUAGCGCUCCGCGUCUACGAGGAGGAUGGCCAGAGGAUGCCUUGGUUCUUCUUCCAAAAGACCAAGUAUAUUUGGGAUGAAAACAAGAAGCAAUUUCGAGGUCUGGAGUUUCCAAUCAACGAUCGUUACGGAACCUACACUGAAUGGAAAGGCUUCAAAGAAGACUCGGAGGUUGCCGCUGCUGAAGCAAAAUAUGGGAGAAAUCAGUUGGACAUGGUUGUUCCGGAAUUCAGCGAGUUGUUCAAAGAACGUGCCACGGCACCAUUCUUUGUAUUCCAAGUUCUCUGUGUGGCACUUUGGUGCUUGGACAAGUACUGGUAUUACUCGCUCUUCACCCUUGUCAUGCUGGUCAUGUUCGAGUGCACACUUGUCCACCAACAGCUGCGUAAUAUGGCCGAGAUUCGCGAAAUGGGAAACAAACCCUUCCUCAUGAUGGCAUACCGCAAUAGACGAUGGAGGCCUCUAAUGAGUGACCUCUUAUUACCAGGAGAUAUUGUUUCAAUUACAAGAACCCACGGUGAUGGUUUGAUUCCAUGUGACAUGCUCCUCCUUAGAGGACCUUGCAUUGUUGAUGAAAGCAUGCUCACAGGCGAAUCUGUGCCCCAAAUGAAGGAGCCGGUCGAAUGCCAGUCUGCUGAAACAGAACUUGAUGUCGAAUCCGACGGAAAACUGCACAUUCUCUUUGGAGGAACGCGAGUUGUACAACACUCAGCACCAAGUAAAACAACUAAUGGCCUCAAAGCCCCUGACAACGGCAGCAUUGCAUACGUCUUGAGGACGGGUUUCAACACUUCGCAGGGCAAGCUUUUACGUACAAUCUUGUUCGGAGUCAAGAGAGUGACAGCCAACAAUCUUGAAACUUUUGGCUUCAUCAUGUUCCUGCUCAUCUUUGCCGUUGCUGCUGCUGCCUACGUCUGGGUCAAGGGCACUGAAGACCCGACAAGGAACCGAUACAAGUUGUUCUUGGAGUGUGCUCUGAUUUUGACUUCGGUCAUUCCUCCAGAAUUGCCGAUUGAGCUUUCCUUGGCUGUCAACACAUCCCUCUUGGCGUUGUCCAAAUUAGCUGUUUUCUGCACAGAGCCUUUUAGGAUUCCAUUUGCUGGAAAAGUUGAAAUUUGCUGUUUCGACAAAACUGGAACACUAACAAGUGAUAAUCUAGUCGUUGAAGGCAUUGCAGGGCUGCCAGGCCAAAAGGGUGUGAUUCCAAUUAGUGAGGCGCCAAAGGAGAGUGUCCAAGUAUUAGCGACGUGCCAUUCUUUGGCGCAAUUGGACGAAGGACUUGUUGGUGACCCGCUUGAAAAAGCAACCCUGACUGCGGUUGAUUGGAACCUGACCAAGGGUGAUGCUGUCAUCCCAAAGAAAGGCAAACUGCCCGGCAUGAAAAUUUUCCACCGCCACCAUUUCUCCUCUGCACUCAAGAGGAUGUCGGUUGUUGCUGGUUAUACUCAAUCCGGAACGGGAGACACUAUUCUGAUGGCCACAGUCAAAGGCGCACCAGAAACACUUGAACCUAUGUUUAGGGAAGUGCCAGAAGAUUACAAGAAGGUUUAUCUUGAAAUGUCCAGACGAGGAGCUAGAGUGCUUGCUCUCGGCUGGAAAGAGUUGCCAGCAAUGAGUCCUGCCAGGGUUAAAGAUGUUCCUCGAGAAACACUCGAAGAGGGACUCACCUUUGCUGGCUUUGUGAUCAUCUCUUGUCCCCUCAAACCAGACUCAAAGGCUGUCAUUAAAGAAGUCAUCAAUGCCUCCCACCAAGUCACAAUGAUAACUGGAGACAAUCCACUAACAGCUUGUCAUGUAGCUAAAGAGCUGCGUUUCACUCAAAAACCCAUAGUGGUCCUUGUAGAGGAAAAGAGCAACUGGUUCUGGGAGAGUAUUGAUCAGACUAAGAAAUUGCCCGUUGCGCCUGCAAAAUAUACCGAUCUUACCAGCAAAUAUGACCUUUGCAUCACUGGAGAGGGUCUAGUGUUCAUGCAGGAAAAUCACAAAAAACUGCUGCAGUCGCUUUUACCUCACAUCAAAGUAUUUGCCCGAGUGGCACCCAAGCAAAAAGAAUUUGUGAUUGUUGAGUUAAAGGCGCUUGGGUACACAACCUUGAUGUGUGGCGAUGGUACCAAUGACGUUGGCGCCCUCAAACACGCGCAUGUUGGAGUGGCAAUUCUUUCCAAUGGUCCUGAGAGAUGUGAAAGAAGGGUGAAAAAUACUUCUUCGUUCAACGACAGGCAAAACGAACGACCCGACCCAAGAAGAGACCCUCGAUUUGAUAGAUUGGCAGCAAACAAGCCACAGCUGCAGCAGAUGCUGGCCGAGUUGGAGGAGGAGGAAAAGGCUCAAAUUGUCCGUCUCGGAGAUGCGAGUAUUGCGUCGCCCUUUACGUCGAAGCAUCCCUCAAUCCUGUGCAUCUGCCAUAUCAUCAAACAGGGACGCUGCACACUUGUCACCACUCUGCAGAUGUUUAAGAUCCUUGCUCUGAACGCCCUUAUCCUCGCCUACAGCCAGUCGGUGCUCUACCUGGACGGAAUUAAGUUUAGCGAUGCCCAGGCCACUCUCCAGGGCCUCCUCCUCGCAGCGUGUUUCCUUUUCAUCUCACGCUCAAAGCCUUUGAAGACUCUUUCAAAAGAACGUCCCUUGCCGAACAUCUUCAACAUGUACACGGUGCUGACCGUACUGCUGCAAUUCGCUGUUCACUUUGGCUGCCUCUUUUUCCUUGUACAACAGGCCACGUCACGCUCACCCAAGCCGCCCAAAGAUGUGCUGAAUAGCAAUCUGACAUCCACUCCUGAGCCAGGUGUUGGAGACGAAGAGGAGGAGGAAGAGCCCUUUGAGGCAAAUUUGCUCAACAGCACAGUUUACAUUAUCUCAAUGGCACUCCAGAUCUCUACUUUUGCCAUCAACUAUCGGGGUCGACCAUUCAUGGAGAGCCUGUCUGAAAACAAGUCACUCCUGUACAGUUUACUUGGGUCAGGGGGUGCAGUUCUUGCUCUAGCCAUGGGGCUUGUUCCCGAAUUCGCCAUACAGUUUGAGAUUGUCGACUUCCCACCAGAGUUCCGCUCUGUACUGCUGCAAGUACUGUGCGCCGACUUUUUGUUGGCGUGGCUUGUGGACCGCUCGUGUCUCUGGCUGUUUGGCGAAGGGAAGCUCAGCAUCGCCUGAAUCAUACACAUUCCUCUUACCAAAAUGCCGAUGCCUGAAGCAACACCGAAUUGGGGGUGUAUUUUUACAUAAUAGACAGUUACAAGCUUCUGCGAGUAUUUGUGUGUGAUGAGUGUUUUCAAGUAUUCUGUGACUGUAGUAUAAUAGUAUCUGGAUGCAAGAAGGAAAUUUGUUAAUUGUUGAAAAAUAAAAUUAAGUACUAAAUUGAAAAUGAA